GUAAUAAAAGCUUCGAAAGGUAUAGAUCGUAUAAUAAGGAAUUGUCCGAGGAGAAGUUUGUAAAACUCCUGUAAGCGCGGAAGUAACGACGAACAACUAAAUCCCUCUUGCGUUUAUUUUUUGCCGCGUGAAUGGAAGAUACCGUAACAUCUAAUGAGAGGCAAUUUACAUAUCAGAUUUUGCUUUUGAAGCGGCACUGCGUUUUUGUAACCAGUUAUUAUAUUAACCAGCCAAAGGGGAGGAGACAGUGAUAAUGAGCUUUCAACGACAACGAAUCGUUUUUUCCAUUUACAACGUAUAUGUAUUAUACAUAUAUACGUUAUAUAUUAUGUCACGAGUAAAAAAGCUGCUACAAUACAGCGACAGAGUCAUUUGCGUUCCUCUCACGCAACGCAGAAUCUCGUGCGAGAAAAUGACGCAAAAUUGGGGUAAACUUUCUUCUUUUCGAAAAGUACUGAAUUGUAAGAUUGUUUUUUUCGGAUAAAAUCUCUGUAGUGUAUUGCGAAGGAAGAAAACUUUAUCUCGAAUACGAAGAUUGAUAGAUGGAAGGGAAGACUAAUCCUUAAAUAAGAAACAAUGCCGGGUACAUCGAAGAAAGGAGGACCUCUUAUCGGUGUAAUCGAUGUUGGUACAGGGACAGUUCGCUUUGUGGUGUUCAAUGCAAAACGCGUAACCGAGGUGGCUUCCCAUCAAAUCGAUAUAGAACUAAUCACUGCGUACGAUGGAUGGAUGGAACAAGAUCCGAAAGAGAUUCUUUUUGCGGUAAAGGCAUGCAUCAAAGAUGUUACACGGAAAUUGGGUACGCUUGGCUUAAAGGUUGAAGAGAUAGUAACGAUUGGUAUCACAAAUCAAAGGGAAACGACUAUAGCAUGGGAUGCGACAACUGGUGAACCAUUGUACAAUGCAAUAGUGUGGUCAGACAUUAGAACUAGCACAGUCGCCGAUCAGAUAAUUGCGAAAUUUCCGGAUCAAAGCAAGAAUCAUAUUAAGCCGUUAUGCGGUUUACCAGUCAGUCCAUAUUUUUCGGCAUUGAAGAUUCGCUGGAUGAGAGAUAACGUGCUCGCUGUCAGAAAAGCGAUACGCGAUAAGCAUUGCAAAGUGGGUACUAUGGACACGUGGAUCGUUUGGAACUUAACGGGAGGCAAAGAGGGUGGAUUAUAUAUUACUGACGUAACAAAUGCCUCGAGGACCAUGUUAAUGAACAUAGAAACUCUUUCUUGGGAUCCUACCUUGUGCAGAUAUUUCGACAUUCCUAUGCAAAUAUUACCAGAAAUCAGGAGCAGUUCAGAAAUUUAUGGGCAUAUCAAAAUUGGCCCAUUAACAGGAAUCCCUAUAUCCGGUAUUCUAGGGAACCAACAAUCUGCGUUAGUCGGACAGAAUUGCUUGAAACAAGGACAAGCGAAAAACACGUACAGAGGCGGAUGUUUUUUGCUCUGUAAUACAGGAACAACACGAGUCGAUUCUUCUCACGGAUUAAUUACAACGGUGGCAUAUCAAUUAGGCCCAAACAGUCCAGCGGUUUAUGCACUAGAAGGCUCUGUUGCAGUGGCAGGGACUGCCAUUAAAUGGUUACGAGAUAACUUGAAACUUAUAAAAGAUGUUCACGAGUGUGAACAUCUGGCUGAAAGUGUUUUCAGUACUGGUGACGUAUACUUUGUACCUGCUUUUACAGGAUUGUACGCUCCAUACUGGCGAAAAGACGCGAGAGGAAUUAUUUGCGGUCUUACUGCAUUUACUACAAAACAGCAUAUAAUAAGAGCAUCAUUAGAAGCUGUUUGUUUCCAAACAAGAGAUAUUUUAGAAGCUAUGUUUAAAGAUUGUGGUUUUCCAUUGACCAAGUUAAAUACCGAUGGAAAAAUGUCAACCAAUAACCUUCUUAUGCAAUUACAAGCAGAUCUUUGUGGUACACCUGUAUUUAGAUCAACCAUGCCAGAUAUUACAGCAUUAGGAGCAGCAAUGGCUGCAGGUUAUGCAGAAGGUAUUGACGUUUGGGAACUUGAAGGUGAAGAAGUGGAAACUGUACCAACAGAUACGUUUUUGCCAACGACAACAUCAGAAGAGAGAGAUGCUAGGUAUAAAAAAUGGAAGAUGGCAGUUGAAAGAAGUCUGGGGUGGGCAGCUGUAAAGAAAUCUGAUCAAAUGACAGAUGAAAGAUAUUAUGUUCUGGCAUCCAUCCCCGCAAGUUGGUUCUUAAUGACAAGCUUUCUUUUGUUACGAUUAAGUUACUAUCUCGAAAAUCGGUGA